AGAUCAGAUGUCCAUAUAAAGUGCCUAUAAACUAACAAGCUUGGUGGUCUUGAGCCACAGAUAUCAAGCUUGUCCCUUUGGUUUUACUCAGCACUCAAAAGGAGGAAAGCCAAUGUCUGCCUGCAGCAGCACUCCUCCAGCUUUGCCUAAAGCCUACCUUACUUCCCAGCCUCCAUCUACACCCCCAACACCAUCCCCAAGCCCCCCUGUGGCCCUCUACAGUCGUCUUUCCAAUGGCAGUCACAGUGCUUCUAGCCCCACGCUCUCCAGAACGUCAUUCCAUGGGAUCUCCUUUCUUCUUCAGAUUGGGCUCACCAGGGAGACGGUUAGUCUGGAGCCACAGGACCUGUCAAUUAACACUGUGAAAGACCUGGUCUGGUCCAUCGUCGACCAAAAGUUUCCAGAAUGCGGAUUCUUUGGAAUGUAUGACAAGAUCUUGCUUUUUCGGCAUGAUCUGAACUCUGAAAACAUCCUGCAACGACUCACGUCAGCGGAAGAUAUUCAUGAAGGAGACCUAAUAGAAGUGGUCCUAUCAGCUCAAGCUUCAGUUGAAGACUUCCAGAUCCGGCCCCAUGCCCUCUAUGUGCACUCAUACAAGGCACCUGCCUUCUGCGACUACUGUGGGGAGAUGCUCUGGGGUCUCGUCCGGCAGGGCCUCAAAUGUGAAGGUUGUGGGUUGAACUAUCACAAGCGAUGCGCCUUCAAGAUCCCAAACAACUGUAGUGGCGUGAGGAAGAGGCGCCUGUCCAAUGUGUCUUUGCCAGGUUCCUCGCUGUCCUUUCCUCGACCCCUUCCAGCAGAGCAUGCCGUGGUGACCCUAGAGGAGAAUAUCCAGCAGCAGCGCCCCAAUCACGAAGCAGGGAAACACAUCCCGUCCUGGAGCGGCCGGCCUAUCUGGAUAGAAAAGAUGGUACUGGGGAGGGUCAAAGUGCCACACACUUUUGUCAUCCACACCUACACGCGCCCCACAAUCUGCCAGUACUGCAAACGCCUGCUCAAAGGUCUGUUCCGGCAGGGCAUGCAGUGCAAAGACUGCAAAUUCAACUGCCACAAGCGAUGUGCAUCUAAGGUACCAAAAGACUGUCUUGGGGAAGUUGUCUUUAAUGGAGAACCAGCCAGUUCAGUUCCAGACUCAGACUCUCAAAUGGAAGUGGACCCUAGUGAUGUGAACAGUGACACCAGCAGAAGCCAGGAUGACUCUGAGGAACCGUUGACUCCUGAUGACAAGACCUUCCGUGACUAUCCCUUUUCAGACCAGGAGAAAGACGAGGAGCCAGUGCAGACUCCUCAGAUCAGCCCACCAACUAGCACUAAUAUUCCUCUGAUGCGAGUAGUCCAGUCUAUAAAAUACACCAAGAGAAGAAGCUCCACUGUGGUCAAAGAGGGCUGGAUGGUGCACUACACCAGUCGAGACAACCUUAGAAAAAGACACUAUUGGAGGCUGGACAGUAAAAGCCUGACAUUGUUUCAGAAUGACACCGGAGCAAAGUUUUACAAGGAGAUUCCUCUAUCAGAGAUCCUGCAGGUGGAAGCAGCCCGGAAUUUCAGUAGCCUAGCCCUUGGGGGCAAUCCACACUGCUUUGAAAUAAUCACCGCUACUAUGGUCUAUUAUGUUGGGGAGAACACAAUUGGAGCCCACAUUCCUAUGUAUAACCCCACACUAGCUGCCUCAGGUGUGGGGAUAGAGGUGGCACAGGGAUGGGAGAUGGCUAUUCGACAAGCCCUUAUGCCCGUUCCUGUUACACCUCAGCCGAGUGUGGGUGCUGCUGCUGGUCAGGGCAAGGACCACAAGGAACUGUCCAUGAGCAUUUCUGUAUCCAACAGUCAAAUCCAGGAGAACGUGGAUAUCAGCUCUAUCUACCAAAUCUUUGCUGAUGAAGUGUUGGGAUCAGGCCAGUUUGGAAUCGUGUAUGGAGGGAAGCACAGAAAGACAGGCAGAGAUGUGGCAAUAAAGGUGAUCGACAAAAUGAGGUUUCCUACCAAACAGGAGAGCCAGCUGAGAAACGAAGUGGCUAUCCUACAGAACUUGCAUCAUCCUGGUAUUGUAAACCUGGAGUGCAUGUUUGAGACGCCAGAGCGGGUGUUUGUUGUCAUGGAGAAGCUACACGGGGACAUGCUGGAGAUGAUCCUGUCCAGUGAGAAGAGCCGGCUUCCUGAGCGCAUCACCAAGUUUCUUGUCACACAGAUUCUGGUGGCUUUAAGGCAUCUCCAUUUCAAGAACAUUGUUCACUGUGAUCUAAAGCCAGAGAAUGUACUGCUUGCCUCUGCAGAGCCCUUUCCCCAGGUAAAACUGUGUGACUUUGGUUUUGCUCGCAUCAUUGGUGAGAAAUCCUUCCGUCGCUCGGUGGUGGGGACGCCAGCAUACCUGGCUCCUGAAGUGCUGCGCAGUAAAGGAUAUAACCGCUCCCUGGACAUGUGGUCUGUAGGAGUGAUUAUCUACGUCAGCCUUAGCGGUACCUUCCCCUUUAAUGAGGAUGAGGACAUCAACGACCAGAUCCAGAACGCUGCCUUUAUGUACCCACCAAUGCCAUGGAAGGAGAUAUCCACAGAAGCUACAGAUCUCAUCAACAAUCUCCUUCAAGUGAAGAUGAGGAAGAGGUACAGCGUGGACAAGUCAUUAAGUCAUCCAUGGUUCCAGGACUACCAGACGUGGCUGGACAUGCGGGAGUUCGAGACGCGGCGGGGCGAGCGCUACAUUACCCAUGAGAGCGAUGAUGCGCGGUGGGAGGAGUUUGCUGAUGGGCACAGCCUUGUCUACCCAAAGCACUUCAUCAUGUCACCAAACCUUGAUGACAUGGAUGAAGACCCCUAAUCAGGUUGUGAACUAAAUGCCUGAAUAAGGACAGACUCUCAGAAAAAGGCUCAGGUUUAUGGAUCUGAAGCUAUGGUGAAUUCGACAUUCUGCUAAUGCAGCAUGUAAGAGGAGACGUGAAAAGGGAGAGUGUCAUGGAGGCACAAAGCAUGUUACGCCCUGCUUUUCCUGACCUUACAGAUAAGACAGUUUGUGCUAAUGAAGGUUUUUCAGGUUAAUUUAAAUUAACAGUAUUCUGUGGUUCUACAUUCUGCUCCGUCAUUUAUCACCAAACAUUUACAACUAAAGCAAAAAAAUUACCGACAUUUGUAAAGGAUAAGGACGUUGUGGCAGUUUUGCAACUGGAUAAUGGGAACAUUGGAUAUGUCCUCUUUUAAUAUUUG